CACGAUCUUGCCAUGUUCUAUAAAGGUGCGUUCCGCUCUACACCUAACUGAACCCGAGAUACGCGUAGCAUCUUCGUAUUUAUAAGAAUCACGCCGCUUGUCAUAGUGCGCGCACGUAUGCAGUUUAUGAAAUGGUGUUACUCUUCAUUGCAGAUCUGGUGGCGUACCUGAGAAGAAUGAUUGCUUGAGCCUCACUCAAGAUGCGAUCCUGGACCGGAUGCCUCACUUGUCGCGAGCGGAAGCUUAAAUGUGAUGAGGAGAAGCCCAUUUGUAGAAGAUGCACUAAAAGCUCAAGAGAAUGCAGCGAAAACUCUAAAUCAGUCUUUCGACAUCAGCAUAAUGCAUCUAUAACCAUCGAGAGCUCUUCUAAGAAAGCCAUGACCAGGAGCUUCUAUGCAUAUAAGGAUACGUUCAAACACGAUGCUGUCUGGCUAAAAAUUCCUAGCAGACUAACCUUCAUCCAUACCUCGAACCCGUAUUUGGAAAACCCUUCUCCCGGCUUAGAUACCGCGUCCAAUACCUCUAUAUACCAGACAGCAUUGUGUGAGAGACCUCCGGAUGCUUCGCUCCGGACCUCUUUCAACUCCCAUCCUAUCACCAUCAGCCCUACUAGCACAAACUCUGUCCAAGACUCUCUCAGCGUACCCGUGGGAUCUGUCUAUAGAGCUGGUGUUUUUCUAUCUUGCAUGCAGCCACUUCCUCCUUCAUCACAGGAAACAUCAUCGGCGCCGCUUUUGUCUCUCUGCGGUCCUUCCGCUCGCGAUCAUGAAUAUCAAACUCCAGCACCACCUUUGCGCCUUGACGUUGGAAUAAUGUCGCUGCGUGGUCAUUCUCCAGAUUUCAUUCCUCAUCCGAGCACAGUAUGGAGCUCUGGAGAGCAACCUACUUACUCGUAUGGAGACUCUUCAACAAAAAAUGACAGCGAAACGGGCUUCCUCCUGCGGCAGUUCUCAGAGGGUCCUGGACGGUGGAUGGACGUCUUCGAUAGCGGGGCUUACUUUUCAGCGUAUGUGCCCGUGCAAGCUCGCCAUAGUAAGCUACUCGAGCAUGCCGCCGUGGCUUGCGCUGCUAAAGUACUUGCACGCAUCGAGCUGCACAAGCCAGUGACGGCAGGCUCUACACCACACUGUACUGGAACCAAACCACACCACAGUAUACGAUCGGUUGAAUGGAAACGCAAGGCAGCAGAACACUAUGGCGCUGCUAUUUCUCUACUUCGCGAGUGCUUAGAUAAUAAAGCCAUCAUAGCACUCGAUGAGUCCGACUGUGUGCCUCGAGAUGAUAGUAAUAAUGUGGAGGAGAUGUCCAAAAACCAGGUCUCUGGAGGGCAGAGCGUUCUAAGCAAAGGCCGCUUGCGACUUUAUCCCACUCAUGUGGUAGCAGCUUCCACGAUUCUGUCCAUGUACGAGCUCCUCGAUGCCUCAACUUCUGAGUGGGUGGAGCAUUUAAAAGGGGCGCAAUUUCUCCUUGCUCCCCAAGAUGAGCCUAUGACAUCCUUACAGAUGCCAGGUGUGGCCCUAUCCAAAUCGCCAGAGAGGUGGGGCUUCAGCUGCGAUGCCAGAAGAGCUACAUUUUGGAACAUCGUUAGACAAGAUGUGCUCGCUGCAUACAUCAAUCAAACUAGGACGAGAAUCGAUACUGAGAAUUUCAUCAUGUGGAAACAAGCCGGUCUGCCCAUCGAUGAUCAAGGCUUUCUCAACAAUAGCGAGUCAGGAAAUUGCACUUCUCUGGGAUUCGGGGGCACGUCAAGAGAGUCUCUCCUCUGUAAUUCACUCACCUGGCUCAUGGCCCGGCUAGCAAACUUUCUAGCUUCCCUCAACCAACUCCCAUUAGAAGCAAAUGUCGCGCGUAGUGGCAUGUUUAACGAAACGCCUUCAAAAUCAUGGUGGUCCCUACAACGGCAAUUUCAAGUUUGGCACGAAAGCUUGCCAGUAACUUUCAGGCCUUCGACAACUGGAUCUGAUCUUUUCCAUACAUUGGGGCCACAAUCUGUAGCUGACCCCAAGCCGACCAUUUCCGAGGCGUGGUGCAGCACUCCGUUGUGUGCGUCUGCUGAGCAAUUGUACCACAUGAGUCAGAUACUUCUGCACAAUUGCGGGAGGCAUAUUAUGAAUGCUCAACCAAAAGCAUGUCAUGCUAUCUGUGCUGUUUGCAAAAUGCACAGUCGUAAGAUCAUUGGCAUCUCGCUCGCUCAUGUGGAUGGAGCAGUGCGCAUCAAUUCAGUCCAGCCUCUGUUCGUUGCUGGGCUAUGUUUAGACGAGCUAAUCGAAAGACGUGUAUUGAUUAAUCUUCUCCGCAGGAUUGAGAAGGAUUUCGGCUGGAGUACCGAGGCCAGGGUGUAUCAAAUGCUCCAGCAAUGGCAAUGAAAAAUUGGCAAAGAGCUCAUGUAUCUACACUCAAAUUUGACAAGCACAAUAACUAUACCACAAAUAAAUGGAG